AGAACAACAGGAACAGCCCUCUCUCUCUCCGUCUCUCUCUCCAUCAAAAAGUUCUUGGCCUUUUGGACCGCAAAAGGUACGGGAAUCCGAACUUUCUCGCAUCCCUUUCUGGUUUCGAACUUUCUCUCAUUGAUUCGAUUCUUACAGUAACUCGGUUCGACAUAAGCUUCCAAUCCAAAGGCACUAGCAAACAGAGUGAAUCAAUUAUAAUAAAAGAAGGGGAGAGGCUUUUGAAGAAGAGAGAAUCGAGAAGAUGCAUAAUUCGGUUUCGGAGCAGAGUUUUUACAUUGAUGAGAGCGAAGAGGAAGAUGACGAGGAGAAGCAAUUCGACAAAGGUGAAGACGAUGGGAACGAUUCGGAUACGUCGAAUUACUCGAAUGAUAAUCGGCAGCAGAGCAAACCCAAUUCCCUUAACACCACAUGGCCUCAGAGUUACAGGCAGUCAAUUGACCUGUAUAGUAGCGUGCCAUCUCCAAGUAUAACAUUUCUUGGCACUCCUACGUUGUCAAGAUUAAGCAGUUCAUUUCUUUCCUCGUCAUUGACAAGGAGGCACACCCCCGAGAUAUUUCCUUCGGUGAGCAAACCUCUAUUGCCAACAUUAGAAGAUGAGCAAAAACCGCAUCAAAGACGAAGUUCGCACUCUUUGCUUCCUCCUCUCCCAUCAAGGAGGGGUUCUGUGAGAAAACCAUCCAAGGUCUCUCAUGAACUUCCAAUUUCUCGCCAGAGCUCAUUUGGCCAAGCUGUGGUUAAUGGCAUAAAUGUUCUAUGUGGAGUGGGAAUCCUUUCUACUCCUUAUGCUGUCAAAGAAGGUGGAUGGGCUGGGCUAUCAAUAUUGGUUGUUUUUGCGGUUCUUUCUUUUUACACUGGGCUCCUAUUGCGUCAUUGCUUGGAUAGCCAACCUGGACUUGAGACCUAUCCAGACAUUGGCCAGGCUGCAUUUGGUACUGUGGGACGUUUCGCCAUUUCGAUUAUUUUGUACGUGGAAUUAUACGCUUGUUGUGUUGAAUAUAUUAUUUUGGAGAGUGAUAACUUAUCGGCAUUAUUUCCGAAUCUGCAUUUAAGUUUGGGAGGAUUCGUAUUGAAUUCUCACCACUUAUUUGCAUUAUUGGCCACAAUUGCUGUUCUUCCUACAGUUUGGCUUCGAGACCUCACUGUGCUCAGUUACAUCUCUGUUGGUGGAGUUAUUGCUUCAAUAUUGGUAGUCCUUUGCUUGUUUUGGGUUGGCUUGGUGGAUAAAGUUGGCUUCCAUACCAAAGGAACAACGCUGAAUCUCACAACUCUUCCUGUUGCUAUUGGUCUCUAUGGUUACUGCUACUCUGGACACGCUGUCUUUCCAAAUAUCUACACAUCAAUGGAGAAACCAAGCCAAUUCCCUGCAGUCCUCUUGACUUGUUUUGGUAUCUGUACUUUGAUGUAUGCUGGAGUUGCUGUGAUGGGAUACUUGAUGUUUGGAGAAUCAACGCUGUCUCAGUUCACUCUUAACCUGCCCGAGGAUCUGGUUGCAACCAAAAUUGCUGUGUGGACUACGGUAGUUAAUCCAUUUACCAAGUAUGCAUUAACCAUGACUCCAGUAGCGUUGAGCCUGGAGGAAUUGAUACCAUCAAACAUUGGCAAAUCUCACAUAUACGCAAUCCUCAUCAGAACUGCAUUGGUGAUUUCUACCUUGGUUGUGGGCCUCAGCAUCCCUUUCUUUGGUCUGGUGAUGGCACUAAUUGGAUCUUUACUUACAAUGCUAGUAACCUUGAUACUUCCUUGUGCAUGUUACCUAAGCAUCUUGAGGGGCAAAACUACUCGUUUUCAGGUAUCGCUUUGUAUAUUGAUCAUUGCUGUAGGUGUCGUAUGCGCGGUCGUUGGAUCCUAUUCAGCCCUCUAUAAAAUUGUCGAGAGUUUGAGCUCAUAAUUAGUUGAAAUAUUACUGGAGAGAAUAUUGAGGAUUAUGUAAAACUUAUUCCAGAGGCGGAUGUGUUUAUGUAAACUACUGCAAUUGUUAUCUUCGGGGUUACAGUUGCAGCAUAUUAUUGAGUACCAAUUUUGAGUCAAUUCAGAAUGUUGGAUAUUUGAUUCG